CUGUUUUGGAACGUAAACGUACGACAUUGACACUGACAUGUCUGAUGAUGUCUGACCAAACCAAAUCUCCAAUAUAUUGCCGAUUUGGUAAACUUUGUCGGAACGGAAUUUAAUGAGAAAUAAGUAAGACCGGAUAUCUCAAGCUUUAGUUCAUUAAUUGCUCUUUGAAAACUUUGAGUAAAAACUGUCUUAAGACUAGUAGAAUGUCGGAGACAAGAUUAAUUCGAGCCGGCGGCGCUAAUACAGAAUAUGAUGCUGAACAUGAGUCAGACUCUGAACCAGGCGGGUUCGCACUAAGCGUGGACCUAAGCACCUAUAUGGGCGCCCAAGCGCGAUGCCGCGUGUGGGUGCGCCGUCGUGCCCGCAAAGUGCGGUGGCUUGCCAGCCGCGUGCGGCGUGUAGCGAAGCUAAGAGGGCCAUUGUUAUUGCUGGCGGGGGAUCAUUUGCUGCCACCAAGUGAGCCAAUGAAGGUGCUGCAUCGUGAUGAUACAGUGCGGGUCGCACGCGUGGAACACGAAUGGCAGCACGCGUUCAGCAUCGAAGACCCUGAUGAAGAUGCACCAAUGCCAACCCCUUCUCCAACCCAACCCCUGUCAGUUGAAGAAAACAUCCCCACAAUCCAAAUCGCCACCAAGCAAAACAGCCCCAAGAAAUCUACAAAACAAAUGUGGGAACCGACCAGUAACCAACAGUCUCCAGUUGCACAUAAACGGAAGUUUACAGUAGGUGAUACAUUGCUCUUGUUAAAAAGAGCAGAAGAAAGCAGAACACAAGAAAUACCAGACACAGAACCAGAACAAACUCCACAUUCACGGUUAUCUAAGCUCAUUGAAAAUUCUUCAAAAUUGGAAUAUGCUGUACAGAAGUUCAUAGCAAUGGACCAAGAGUCUGUGCCUGUUGACUAUGAUGAAUUGAACCGAGUCAAGCGAAGAGCACUAGCAUUGCUAGAACAAGUGACAGACGAAAAAGAUACAGAUGUAGUUGACGCCCCUAAGAAGAAACGACGCCGGGUGCGUCGACGUCGACCAGCUAAGCUUUCUAAUCCGGAAGAUUUUAUUCAAGAACUUGACUCUGAAUCAGGAACACAAAAUGCAUCACAACUUAACUUCAUUAAUCAUCUCAAUCUGACAAAACAACAGGAUGUACAAAAUGGUUCCAAGCAAUCUAACCUAAAUCAUCAUGUGGAUCUGACAGAACAACAAGAUGAUUUAGAAGCAAAAGCUAUUCUGAUUAAAUCCAUUACCAUAAGCCCUGACAAUAAUCAGGAUACAACAAGGGCUAAUCAGGAUAGCGAAUCUGACGAUUCUGGCAUAAACGGACCUGAAAAACCAGCCUUAACAGCUCAGUCAGUUUCUUCUGUUCAAUCAUCCAAGACUUCGGCAACUCCGACUAUGUUCGCUGCCCAGUCUUCUCCGACAUGGACGGUUAAUUUUAUAGACAUGCCACCAGAGACUCAAAUUCCUGUGCUGGUCAGGGAUGCCACUCCACGGCCGCCGCGGGUAGUACGCGCCCUUGGCACCGAAACGUGAAUUUGAAUAUUGAUGUAGCCAUAAGGCAAAUAAGUGUUAAAAUAUGAUUUGUUAUUUUUAAGUAAUGAUAAUGACCUUAAUUGUUAAUUAGAUAUGUCUAUGCUUAGUAAAGUAAUAAUUCAUAAGUUUCAUAA